AUGCUGGGACGUCCUCAUGCUGCUGCUUCCUCUGCGGGUUCCCCUCGUCGAGGGCGAGGCCCGUGGCGUCGCACUAAGAAAGCUCCCAGGCUGGAUAUGGGAGUGCAAGAGAGCAUGUUGUGGCACGAGCAGGAAGGGAGCAAGGAGGGGCUUCUGUAUUCGGAUUCUGAGAAUCUCGAAGCGCCCAAGGAAGCUGCAAGCAUGAAGAUAAAGAUGCCGUCAGUUGAGGUUCGAAAACGACUACUAAUUUUGGAGGACUCGGAUGACGAUCUGGCCGAAGCAGCACUCCCCAUGCAUCCCAUGAAGGGAUGUGUAGCUGAACCUACGGAAAAAAAAGAAGGGCAAAAGGUUGGUGAAGAUGGGUACAGAUAG